UUUACAAUUUUUUGUGUGUGUUUAAAUAGUUUAGUUAAUUCCAAAGACACAAUAAACUAGUAUAAGAUAACAGUAACAGUAGCAACCGCAACUACAAGCAAAAGUCAUUUGGCUUAUUCAUAAUAGCAGCAGCAGCAGCAACAACACGCGCACGCAUACACUCAAACAUAUAUAAAACACCCAUACUUGGACUUGGUGUUCGUUGCAAUUUGCUGCAGUUUGGCACCUGCAACAACAAUCCUGAAGAAAACGUGAACAACGCGUGCAAUUAUGAUCAAUUUCGAUACAACGAACAAAAAUCAAUCGCCAAUAAUGCAACCGCUGCCUUAUUUUCAGGAUGAAGCACUGCGAGCUGAUGCCUACAACGAUGAGGAACUAAAAUCCAUAGCAUUCAUCAAUACAAACGAAUAUGAUUCGCUUGACAAUGGAAAUGGAACUGCGAGGCGUGCGUUUUUAUUUCUGGACGCGGAGGAGAAUCUGCAAAUAGCCACACCGGAAUUAUUUAGCAAGAAACUAAAAUGCCAGGAACAGGACAAAAUCAAAGUGAUCUCAAUAUUUGGCAAUACAGGCGACGGCAAAUCGCAUACAAUGAAUCAAGUGUUCUUCGAUGGCGAUCCAGUCUUUCGCACAUCCACAGAGCAAAGCUCCUGCACCAUUGGUGUCUAUGCGGCAAUGCAGCGGGAGCAGGGCGUGCUCUGUCUGGAUACGGAGGGACUGCUGGGCACGACGGCCAAGAGCAAUAAACGCAUGCGCAUGCUACUUAAGAUACUUGCCAUAUCGGACAUUGUUGUAUAUCGCACACGCUCGGAGCGUUUGCAUAGCGAUAUGUACGAGUUUCUGGGCACUGCCUCCAAGGCAUUCUGCCUGCAUUUCACCCAAGCGCUGCAGUCCAUGGGCAAUGGCAGCACGCUGGGACCCGCUGUGAUUAUAUUCCAUGAGACGCACUAUACAAAGCCAUUGGAGAGCUCCGUCGAGGAGAGCGCCGAGGAUCAACUGCGCAAUAGCUUUGCACGUCUUAAUUAUGAGACAAAUGCAUUUAGUUCGUUGCGCUAUGUGGGCAUACAAACGGAAGCGAAUAAGACAACGAAUUUCCAAAAGAUCAGCGAUGCACUGCGUCUGGAGAUUGAGAAUACAGCGGUGCGCUCACCACGACAGCCCGCGGUGGUGUUUCGCGCCAUGAAGCUGCUAAAUCAGAAAUUCGCUGGCGAGAUUAUCGAAAAGACAAUCAAUCCAUUUCCGGAGCAGUAUUUCACCUGCGGCGUGCAUUGCGAGUCGUGCAGUCGUCGCUGCCAGCGCUCCAUGGGCCACGUCAGCGAUGGCGAGCCGCACUACAAUGGCCAGCACUGCAACUAUCAGCAUCAGUAUGAGAAUAAGCUUUACCUAUGCAAGGCCUGCUACAACAAUGGCAAAGAGAUUGUGGUCAGCAUACGCGCGCAGUCGCAAACGGACACCGCCUGGUCGGGCCUGGCCAAAUAUGUGUGGAAGGGCGAUGUCAUCGAGUGUCCCUACUGUGGUGAAAUCUAUCGCGCGCGCCAAUACUGGUACGGCAACAAAUCGCCGGAGGCCUCAGUUGUGCAGUACGUCAACGUUCAAGUGGUGCAUGUCUGGAAGGGCGACAACUCAGCGCAGCGCGGCAAUACACACUCGGCUCAGAUGGUGCUGGAUAGCGUGAGCAGUCUAAGCGAGGCAUUCACCAAUAUAUCAGCGCCCUGGGCCAAAGCACUCAGCGGCAUGCUGGCGGACAAAGUAGCGCCAAGCUAUUGGCGUCCCAAUCAGGAAAUUAUUCUUUGUCAUGCCUGCCGACGCAACUUUGAGCAAAGCGGCAUGCCCAAGCAUCACUGUCGCGGCUGUGGCGAAGGCUUCUGCCACACGUGCAGCCAACGCAAGUUGCCGGUGCCGGCACGUGGCUGGUUGCAACCCGUGCGCGUCUGCAACGAUUGUCAUCAGCAGCUGCAGCGCAAGGGAGAUGCCACACCUGCAACAGAAACUCAAGCUCAAGCUGAAAAUACUUAUUGCAACUCAAAUCUGACUAUUGCAUGCACAGGCUCCAGGCCCACAAACGACGAGGGCGACAUACGCGUGCGCAAAUAUGGCGAGACUAUCUACAAUACUAUCACUAGCGUCGCUGCCGUAGCCAUAGAUUAUCCAAAGGAAAUGAUCAAGGACAGCGCACGUCCCUCGUAUUGGGUGCCAGAUGCCGAGUCGCCCAGCUGUUUCAUCUGCAAGUCGGUCUUUGGACGCGUGGAGGAGCUGGCGCUUGCCCAGCAGCAGCAGCAGCAGCAACAAGCACAGGCGAAGCAGUCGAAACGCAAGUCAAACAGUCAAGCAAGUCAAGCUGCUGCCGCUGCAGCCGCCGCCGCUGGCGACUGUCGUCGUCAUCACUGCCGUCGCUGUGGUCAGGCGGUCUGCAGCAAUUGCUCCAAGCGACGCAUGCCCGUGCCCGAACGCGGCUGGUUGACCGAUGUGCGUAUCUGUGAUUCCUGUGCCUGUGUGCCCAGCAGCAGCAGCAACGGCGCCAACAUAAGCAACGAUCUGGCAGAUGCCAUCAAUGGUGAUAUUACAACAAAUUCUCAGGAACGUGAGCGGGACAGACGACGCAACAGCAACAGCAACAACAGUCAGAGUCAGAGUCAGAGCAUUAGCAAUAGUAAUUGUAAUAGCAAUAGCAGCAGCUGUGAUUAUCGCAAUGCCAAUUGUAAUGCCAGCGAUGAUGCCAAGGCCAAGACCGAAUGAGAUGCGGCCUUUAGCGGCAUGCCAACAACCACAGUCACAAUCUGGGCCAAGUGCAAAGUCAGACAUUGGCGUUAGUCGUUCCGCUGGUCCCUCAAAAAUAUACAAACAUAUUAGCUUUUGCUUACGGCAGCCUGUGGCCUGAAAAGAAACCCAUACAAUGUGAUACAUCUAUAAUAUAUAUAUACAAAAUAAUAUUAUCAAGCUACUUAUUAAAUUUGCCUAUUAUAUAUGUACAAGUUAUAUAGUAGUUGCUAUAGCUGCUCUAUUCAAGU